AUGGGCACACCGAAUAUGCCUCAUUUAAAUAAUGCUCCCCUCUUCUUGUUAUUGUCCAAAGGUCUUUCAAAGACUUUCACAAAGUGGGUCAACUUCAGUACGAUCGCUAGAAAUGAUGUAAAACCCAAGACAGCUGUGCUAAUGUUGAAUAUGGGUGGUCCUCAGACCACUGAUCAGGUUCAUGAUUAUCUGUUGCGUAUCAUGACCGAUCGUGAUAUGAUCCAAUUGCCGGUACAGAGUAAAUUGGGACCAUGGAUUGCACAGCGACGUACACCGGAAGUACAAAAGAAAUACAAAGAAAUUGGUGGCGGUUCACCGAUAUUGAAAUGGACCGAAUUGCAGGGAGAAUUAAUGUGCAAGGAAUUGGAUCGCAUAUCACCGGAAACGGCACCACAUAAACAUUACGUUGGAUUUCGUUACGUCAAUCCAUUGACGGAGAAUACACUGCAACAGAUAGAGAAGGAUGGUCCAGAACGUUUGGUCUUAUUUUCACAAUAUCCACAGUAUAGCUGUGCCACAUCCGGUUCCAGUUUUAAUUCCAUUUAUCAAUAUUAUAAAAACAACAACCUGCCCUCAAACAUUAAGUGGAGUGUCAUAGACCGUUGGGGCAGCAAUCCUUUGCUGGUGAAAACAUUUGCAGAUCGUAUACGCGAAGAAUUGGAUAAGUUCUGUGAAACUAAACGAAAAAAUGUGGUUAUAUUGUUCACAGCCCAUUCAUUGCCCUUAAAGGCAGUAAAUCGUGGCGAUCCUUAUCCAGCUGAAAUUGGUGCUUCCGUACAAAUGGUCAUGCAAGAGCUGGGAUAUUGCAAUCCCUAUAGUUUGGCAUGGCAAUCCAAAGUGGGACCACUGCCAUGGUUGGCACCAGCUACAGAUGAUGCCAUUAAGGGUUAUGUAAAACAAGGACUGAAAAAUUUCAUUUUGGUUCCAAUUGCAUUUGUUAAUGAACACAUUGAAACGCUGCAUGAACUGGAUAUUGAAUAUUGUGAUGAAUUGGCCAAGGAGGUUGGAGUUGAAGAAAUACGCCGUGCCGCCACACCGAACGAUCAUCCGUUGUUUAUCAAAGCCUUAAGUACCAUUGUGGCUGAUCACCUGAAGAACGGUGAUAAGGUAAAUCCGAAAUUCCUUAUGCGCUGCCCCAUGUGUGUUAAUCCUCGUUGCCGUGAAAGCAAGAAUUGGUAUAAGAAUAUUUGUUCACGUUAAA